AUGAAAAGACGUUCACACGAAGAAAGUGACAGUGAGCAAGAGGAAGAUUUUGAUGUAAACACCUCUGCCAUGAGCGAUGAGGAUGAAAUAUCAGCCUCCCCUCAACAAAAGAGACAUAAAUUAUUUAGUAGUACAAAAUCGGGUGAUGUGAAAGAAAUUUCAAUACUUCCUGAUGAUUUUAAAAGCAAAAUUCCCUUCAUCGAACAACAGGACCAAUUCAUCAAGAAUCAGACAGUGGGAUUUUCUUUAGAAGGAAAGAGCAAACUGGAUUUUUAUUUUGUUGAUUCUUGUGAACUUGAUGGUAGAAUUAUUUUGUUUGGUAAAAUCGAAACCCUUCCAAAUAAUUACGCCAGUUGCUGUGUCAGACUUGAAAAAGUACAAAAAACUAUCUAUUUUCUUCCUCGUGAGCCAAUAGAGGCAAAACUUGUCAAUCAAGAACAAGAAUCAAGAAUACAAGAAGAAUUAUCUGAAGUAUUGAAAAUUUCACCAGAGAAAUUUGGUUUUAAAUUCAAGGAAAGAAAAUACAUAUUUGAGGAUGCUGAUGUACCAUACAACAAGAGCAUUACCAUGGUUAAAGUUGUUAUAUUUGAUGUUAAGAAUUUAAAACCACAUUUACAAGAGUUUAGAGGUUCUAAGUUAUUCAGCAAGGUUUUCCACGCAACUACUAGUGGAUUGGAAGAAUUUAUUUUGAAAAGAAAGUUGAUGGGACCUUCAUGGCUUUCUAUUCAAAAAUUCCAUGUCAAAUCAUCCGGUCAAUUGAGUUGGUGUAAAUUUGAAGUUAGUACAGAUGAACCAACAAAUAUUUCUGUUAUCAAUGAUGAUAGAUCACCACCUCCAUUGGUUUUAAUGUCAUUGAAAGUUAAAACUAUCCACAACGAAGAAAAGAAAGUUAACGAAAUAGUUGCUGUUUGUUGCAUACUUCAAGAGUAUUCUUUUACCGGUCAGCAAAGUCAACGAAAGAAGUUCAUUGUUGCCAGAAAAGUUGAUGACAAUUCAGUUGACUCUAAUGGAAUAGAACUAGAAUUUAAUGAAACAUCCCUCAUUAAUCGUUUGAUGGCUCAAAUUCAACAGUACGACCCAGAUAUGUAUAUUGGACACAGCUUCCUUAGUUUUGAACUUGAUAUUAUAUUGCAACGUUGGAAAGCUCUUAAGGGAACAGAUGGAGUUUUGUGGUCUCGUGUUGGCAGAUUGAGAUUAAGUCGAUAUCCUAUGCUUCAACCAUUGCCAGGAGGUAUGAAUGAGUCUACCAAAUCUGAAAAAGAGUCUCUUGCUGGUAGAUUAGUAUGUGAUACAUAUAUCGCUGUUAAGGAGUACUUAAGAGAAAAGUCAUAUUCUCUUGAAGAUUUAAGAGUUUCUCAAUUGGGAGAAACUCCUCUCGAGAAGGAUAUUCGUAAUCCUCUUUAUGAUGGUAAUCUGAUUCUGACAGCAAAAUAUUUUUCAAGUGUUGAGGGUGUAGAAAAAUUCUGUGCCUUUGUAGAACAUGAUGCACAAGUGUCAAUGGAUUUGAUGGAAAAAUUAAGUUUAAUCCCUCUUACCAAGGAACUUACAAAUGCAGCAGGUAAUUUAUGGAAUAGAACUCUCAUUGGAUCUAGAAGUGAACGUAUUGAGUAUCUAUUGCUUCAUGAGUUCUACAAACAAAAAUAUAUUUUGCCAGACAAAUCACGUGCUUUUGGAAAACGUGGUGGCAGAAAACCAAAAUAUUCUGGUGGUUUAGUUUUAGAUCCUAAAUCAGGUUUUCAUCACAAUUAUGUACUUCUUUUGGAUUUCAACUCUCUUUACCCAUCUAUCAUUUUGGAAAAUAAUAUUUGUUUCUCUAAUUUUUUAUACACUGAAGAAGAGAGAGAGGAACACAAGAAUGAUAAAACCGUAUUGCCUCUAGUUAUUGAAACACUACUUUCAAGAAGAAGACAAGCUCAAAGACAAAUGGAACAAGCAACUGGUGUACAAAGAUGGCAAUAUGACAUGCGUCAACGUGCUUUGAAAUUGACAGCAAACUCUACCUAUGGUUGUUUAGGUUUUACUUUUAGUAGAUUUUUUUGCAAGCAAAUGGCAGAAUCAAUUACAGUAGAAGGAAGAAACAUUUUGACUCAAACUAAACAAUUAAUUGAGAAUAGUUUGAGAUUCAGCGUUAUCUAUGGUGAUACUGACUCUGUUAUGAUUGCCACCGACACUACAAACUAUGAUGAGGCUCUAUCUAAGGGUGAGGAAAUCAAAAAGGAAAUUAACAAUUCCUUUAGAAAAGGUAAAGGAAAAUUGGAAAUUGAUAUUGAUGGUUUAUUUAGAAGAAUGUUACUCCUUAGAAAGAAGAAAUAUGGUGCCCUAAUUCAUACUAAAAAUAAGCAAGGCACAAUUAUCCCAAAACUUGAACUUAAAGGCCUUGAUAUGGUCAGAAGAGAUUGGUGUGAUCUUUCUAGAAACGUUUCUCAAUACAUUAUUGAUCAAAUAUUAAGACCAAAUGAACCUGUAGACUGCCAAACACAACCAACACCAGAAGAAAUAGUUGCUAACAUCCAUACCCACCUUAGAGAAAUUGCUGACGAUGUAAGAAAUAAUAGAGUUCCACUUGAACAAUAUAUUCUCACAACAGCACUCACAAAAGAACCUGAACAAUAUACAGAUGCCAUUAAUCAUCCUCAUGUUCAGGUUGCUUUAGAAAUGAGAAGAAAUGGUCAAGCUGUUAGACUGCAUCAACGUAUUCCCUUCGUUAUCACCUUAAGAAAGGAUGGUACUUCUUCCUCCAAAGUUUCUGAAAGAGCUGUUCAUCCAGAUACCUUCAGAGCAGAGCAAAAAGAUAAUAAUUUGGAACUUGAUUAUGAAUGGUAUCUUGCUCAACAAGUAUUCCCUCCAGUUUCUCGUUUGUGUGAAUAUUUACAACAAACAGACAAAGCUCUGAUAGCCGAAUGCUUGGGACUAGAGAAGAAAUAUUUCAGAACUAGCUAUGGUGACGAUGAUAACAUGGAAGAGUAUAAAAUACUCUCUAGGCAGGAAGAAUACGAUGAAUUUGAAGGUAUUGAACUACCUGUCAACUUUACUUGUGAUCACUGUUCGAACAAGGUAAACCUUGACCUUGUUUCAACUUUGACGAAUGCUAUUAGCACAACAGAUACAGACAUGAUGCAGAGUAUUACCAUUCUUGAUUGUCCUCAUUGCAAAUCUAGAAUGUCCACAAACAAAAUUGUCAAUCUUUCACAACUAAAUAUUAGAGAACUCAUCAAGAAAUAUUACUCAAAUGAGUUAAAGCCUUCUGCUAGUAACUAUAGAGCCAACAUCUCGGAUUCAUCGACUCAUGUUAUAUCUAUGCAACCUGGGGGUUAUGGCGUUUUUAAUGGAUCUGUUGUAUCUGUCAAACAAACCUUUACUCCUCAAGAUCUGCAGGUUAGAUUGAGAUAUUUAGCUCGUAUGUUUGAUUGGUCUUCCUGUGUAAAAGCAACUUUCAAGAAAAUAGACAAGGAACAAUAUUCUUCAUUAGAAAAAUUGAAAGCUGUUGUACAAGAAAUGCAAAAACAAGAAAUAGACGAGCUUGGCAAAAUCUACAAACAUGUUUCCAAAUACCUACAAAGAAACGCCAGACAAAUGGUAAACCUUUCUGAUUUAUUUAAACUUGUAAGCGUUGAUAAUUAG